GCUGAAACCUAUUUCAACAGCUAAGCAGCAAAGGACCUACCGACUGGGUAUCGCAUAUCGGCCACCGCGGUCAUAAAAUAGCUUCCGCCGCCAUCAACAAUCAUGACAUUCACUCUAUUCCCCAAACUCCCCCCCGAGCUCCGCCAACACAUCUGGCACCUCAGCCUCCCCGACCAAGUCCGACCAGGAGUGCUAUUUCCGUACAACAAAGGUGAGUAUGGCGACGACGAUUACAUUUUCGCGCGCACAGACCCGGUAAGCGCACCGCUGCCCCAUCUGCUCAUCAACCGAGAGGCGCACGGCACGGCGCGCUCGUGGGCGCGUAAACACUGCCUCAAGGUUCACUUCCGCCCAGGCAUCGGCACCGGGUCGCACAUCGUCACCCGCCACUUCGACCCGGACUAUGACAUGCUUUACCUUCCAGGGGUGGAACUUAAAUGCUUCUACAUGGACCCGCUCGACAGACGGGCGGAGCAGCUGCCCAGGGAGAGGAUGUCAAUUCGUGACGACGGGAAGGAUCACCCUCGCAUCGCUAUCUCCAGCAUGUUGUUUCAGUUGGAGCCCCGCGCGCUGGAGAGGAUCUGGUGGUGCUUUCCACGGUUGGAAAGGGUGUACGUUGUUCUCAAUCCGCCGAGUCUGAAAUCUGCGGAGGAGGGAUGGGAGAUUCUGUCGCGGGGCAGGUUUCUCGCGUAUAGGCCGGAAGGCGGGGGGUUUGAGUGGAGCCAGGAGGGCGAGGGCGAGUGGCUUUGUGGGGAGAUCCUCUAUGGCCGGCUGGAGGAGGCGGCCAGGAAGCUGAGCGGGUCGUUAUCCGCUGCUGGCAUCCAGCGGUUUGAGAUCCGGCCUGUCUCAGUUGUCAAGCCGGGGAAGAGGUUGUCGGAGGUCGCAAGAGUAGGGUUCGGCUCGACAGCAAUUACCUAUGAUUCCCCGGAUCCUUUUCCGCCGCGGAAACUCAUGCGAUACUAUGUUUGAGGUGGGUUAUUGAAAUUGAAAGUGGAAGAGAGACCACUGAUUCCGCGACCACAAGGGUCGAUCCGCAGGAACUGCCUGUCUGAUGCCUAGAAUCUCAAGCUUGGGCGCGACGGCAAGCGUGGGGGGAGAAGCGCGACAAGGAUGUUAUUUUGGAGAAGAAGGGGUAUCGCACGUGAGUAAACUAUCCUGUGC